CGAGACAUUGAGCUGAGUGAACUCGAGAAUUUCUUACCCCUCCCCUGCUCCGCUCGGGUGGGCUGGGGGCCUCCCAGCCUCUACUACUUGUAUCUACCUAUCCGUACGGAUACCGUACCUUGGAAUCAGGAAAUACUGGAGCAUCGGGUUUUCAGUCCAUGUCUGGUUCGAAACCUCAAGACGGAUCACGAUCAAUCUGGAACAGAUCAACACUCGCAGGUCGCGCAGGCCAAGUCGCAAAGCAUAUUUGAUGGAGUUGUGGGCGUAAAAGGAGGAGAUGAAGCAGGAAAGGUCGAGGCUGACAAGUGCCCAUAA